AUGAUUAUGCUGGGAUUCAACCUCAGAAAAGCUAUGGCAAAUUCAAUCAGUGCAAUGGUACCGUCCCUUCGGCCUCAUCUUUCGAUGUUCUAUUACUUGAAAGAGUGUGCGGAUCUUCCAAAUUCACAGCUUUUCCUUUAUUCCAAGGAAGACAAACUAGUCCAAUACCAAUAUGUGAAAAAAUUCUUGGAGUAUCAGAAGAGUAUGGGGCGAGAUGUUGUCGACGUUAUGUUUGCAAAUUCUGACCAUGUCCAGCACUACCGCACUCAUCCGGAGCAAUAUCGUUCUACUUGUAUAGAGUUCUUGAAGAAAAUAGAGAAAUCCCUGGAACAUUCACAUUGA